CGUCGAGGAUGUCGUGACAACAUCCCCGAUAUGAAUCCCCCCCCACGCGUGACCCGUCUGAAACUAACAUCCAGCGGGGCUACGGGACCGGAUCCGGCGGCGCCUUUACUCUCGGCAUUACGGUCGUUACGUAGAGACAUGCGCCGCCGGUCGCAGCAGCAGCAGAGUGGUAAACAGCCGUGUUGUCUUUCGAUGGAGAUCAACCGGAAACCGGAUUUACAUUCGUCGUUUCAUCCGCGCUGUCGAGGCCCGUGCGGGGGGUGGAAUAUCAGAGUAACAGCCGUGCCACGAACCAGCGGUCGUUUCCACUUCCAGCCCGGUAGGCUGCGGCGUUAGCGUGUCGGUAACGUUAGCGGACAGAAAUAGCCUCUCUCUCCCGGUGCUUUGUGCGCGCUCGUCGGUCCGCUUGCGGGUUUUCUCUGGAAUGCAUCUCUCCAAGAAAUGCUCCGUCUUCAAAGUGGUACUGAGUGCUCUGCUGAUCGUGGCGCUCCUGCAGCUCAUAUACCUGUCCUUCCUCUCCAAGUUCCACGGUAAGCAGCAGCGGUACCGGUACUUUGAGCUCUUCGGAGGCUCCGGGGGCAAGAAGAAUGGGCACCCCGAGAAAAACUCUCGGAAGGAGCGCCUGAGGUACUCGCUGUCCACCGGGGGGAUCUUCGACAACAGCGGCCAGUACCGGGUGUACAAGAACUUGAUCAAGAGUGAUUUCACCACACACCUGAAGCCCGGAUCCGACCCCGGCUCCGGUGUCCUGGCUUUAGCCACGCACACGACCAUCAACAACCUGCACCACCUGGAGUCCCUCCUGGACAGGUGGCACAGCCCGCUCUCCGUGGCCAUAUUCGCACACGGGCAAGAUGUCAAGUUCGCCACGGCUCUGGCCUACGCGCUCAGCUUCUUCUGCCCUCAGAUCCAGUCGCUGGUGGACUUCCACCUGGUCUGCCUCUCCGGGGAGAUGGCCAGCUUCCCGGACCAGGACCGGGAGCACUUUGCGGGGCUCGAGGACUGCGCCUCGGUGUUCUCCAGGCUGGAGACCCACCGGGACAAAUACAAGAACUACGCCAUCGGCGGCAACGUCUCCUACCCCAACAACCUGCUGCGCAACGUGGCCCGGGGGGCCACGGAGACCUCCUACAUCCUGGUCAUCGACAUCGACAUGAUGCCGAGCGCGGACCUGCACCAGCAUUUCCUGGCCAUGGUGAUGACGCGCGAGCCGAGGGGCGACGAGGUGUUCGUGCUGCCCGCCUUCGAGAUCCGCCACGCCCGGAAGAUGCCGGCCAACAAGGCGGAGCUGGUGCAGCUCUACCAGGUGGGUGAGGUCCGGCCCUUCUACGAGGAGCUGUGCCCCCGCUGUCAAGCCCCCACCAACUCCUCCCAGUGGGUCAACAGCCACGUCCGGGAGACGGGCACCCUGGAGGUGUCCUACACGCUCACCUGGACGGACCCCUGGGAGCCGUUCUACAUCGGGCCCCACACGGUGCCCCUCUACGAUGAGGACUUCAAGCAGUAUGGCUUCAAUCGGAUCAGCCAGGCCUGCGAGCUCCACGUGGCCGGAUACAGGUUCUCGGUGCUGAGCUCGGCCUUCGUGGUGCACCGGGGCUUCAAGAUCCAAGGGGAGUUCCACGCCAGGAAGGACGAGGAGAACAAACGCAACCGCGUUCUGUUUCGCAGCUUCAAAGAGGGCCUGAAGACCAAAUACCCGUCCUCCAACCGCCGGUGCUGAAACCAGAGGAGGACCGCACAUCCCGCCUGUCGCCGUCUAGUGAGAUCCAAGUUCUGCCCAAAUGAAAACGAACGUGUUUCUUAUUUUAAGCAGAUUUAGCUCCUCUGGGAGUGAGCAGCAGGGAAAAAGGUUCUCUGGAGGCUUCAGAGAACGUCCUGCUGGCAAGGACAGAUUGGAAAGCUGGCUUGCGGCUUUAAAAAAAAAUCUAAUGCAAAUCUGAAAAAUCUAGAUGCCAUUUGAUCGACAUUAAAGUUAAAGCACGUGUUUCUAUUUUAAAACACGUUUGAGCCGGUCCAGAAAUAGUCUCAAAGAGAAUUCACUAACAGGAAGUUAAGAGGCUCAACUUUUCGUGACGGCUGAUCAAAGAUGGCCUUCUUUCCCAAAGUCCAACUGAUCGUCUCUUUUUGUCGUCAGAAUUUUUCGAUGCAAAUGUAGGAAACAAUCAUGAAACUGUAAAAAUAUAUAAUUCUCUCCUUUUUGUUUUUUUGCUUACAUUUCAUUUGAACGUCGUGCUAAUCAAUGACGUGGUGCGACCACCAGGUGGCAACAAGUACUUGAGUGUGAA